GGGACUUGCUUUGCGUUUGUGGGUUGGCUGUUGUUUGUUUGCUGCGGUCGUGCUCCGGUCGGAUUGUGAGAGGACCAACACGUUGUUACUGCGCGGUAUUGUGUGACCUCAGCAGUAACCACAUUGCAAGUGUUUUAGUGACGUGUCCACCUCGCUGACACUGCCAUCUGCCUUGCCUGUGGCCUACACCCUCGCCCAGCCAUGUCGCUGAAGUCAAUCGUGGGCCAGAAGAUCAUGGACAUCGUGAUCAAGUCGCAGAAGAAGGGCGCGUCGCCUGACUGGCGCGUGCUCAUCGUUGACGAGCUGAGCAUGCGCAUGGUCUCUGCCUGCACCAAGAUGCAUGACCUGGCUCAGGAGGGCAUCACCAUCGUUGAGGACAUCUACAAGAAGCGCGAGCCGCUGCAGCACCUGGAGGCCGUGUACCUGGUCCAGCCCACUGAGAAGUCCAUCAACGGCAUCAUCAACGACUUUGCCAUUCCCACACGCACCAUGUACCGCGCGGCGCACAUCUUCUUCACGGAGGCGUGCCCGGACGACUGCUUCAACAUGCUUGUCAACGCCAACGUCUCCAAGUACGUGAAGGCGCUGAAGGAGAUCAACAUCGCCUUCCUGCCACAGGAGUCUCAGGUGUUCUCACUGGACUGCGAGGACACGUUCCCCGUGUUCUACAGUCCGUCGCGCGCCGCCGGCCGAGCCCAGACGAUGGAGCGCAUGGCGCAGCAGCUGGCCACCCUCUGCGCCGUGCUCGGCGAGUACCCCAGCGUGCGCUACCGCAGCGACUUCGACUACAACGUCGAGCUGGCGCAGAUGGUGCAGCAGAAGCUGGACGCCUACAAGGCGGACGAGCCCACCAUGGGCGAGUCGCCCGAGAAGGCGCGCUCUCAGCUGCUGAUCCUGGACCGCGGCUUCGACGCCGUCUCUCCGCUGCUGCACGAGCUGACGCUGCAGGCCAUGGCGUUCGACCUGCUGCCCAUCGAGAACGACGUGUAUAAGUACGAGGCGAGCCAGGGCGAGAGCCCCAAGGAGGUGCUGCUGGACGACAACGACGACCUGUGGGUGGAUCUGCGGCACCAGCACAUCGCCAUCGUCUCGCAGCAGGUGACUAAGAAUAUGAAGAAGUUCAUUGAGAACAAGCGCGGCAUGUCCACGGACAAGGCGUCGAUGCGCGACCUCAGCCAGAUGAUCAAGAAGAUGCCGCAGUACCAGAAGGAGCUGAGCAAGUACUCGACCCACCUGCACCUGGCUGGAGAGUGCAUGGCCGCCUACCAGGGAUACGUCGACAAGCUCUGCAAGGUGGAGCAGGACCUGGCGAUGGGCACCGAUGCCGAGGGGGAGAAGAUCCGCGACCACAUGCGCAACAUCGUGCCCAUCCUGCUGGACCAGAACGUCACCACCUUCGACAAGAUCCGCAUCAUCCUGCUGUACAUCCUGGUGAAGAACGGCAUCAGCGAGGAGAACCUGAACAAGCUGAUCCAGCACGCGCAGAUCCCGGCCGAGGACCGCAACAUCAUCACCAACCUGUCCAACCUCGGCCUGAACGUGGUGGUGGACGGCAACAGGAAGAGGAUCCACCCGAUCUCGCGCAAGGAGCGCAUCACCGAACACACGUACCAGAUGUCGCGCUGGACGCCCGUCAUCAAGGACGUGAUGGAGGAUGCCAUCGAGCUGAAGCUGGACGAGAAGCACUUCCCGUUCCUGGCGGGCCGCGCCGCCACGGCCGGCUACCCGCGCGCCACGCCCACCACCGCCCGCUACCACUGGCACAAGGACAAGGGCGCGCAGAACGUCAAGAACGUGCCGCGCCUCAUCGUGUACGUGCUGGGCGGCCUGUCGUACAGCGAGGUCCGCGCCGCGUACGAGGUGACCAGCGCCAUCAAGAACUGGGAGGUGGUGAUCGGCAGCGACCAGCUCAUCACGCCCGGCCAGUUCCUCAAGAACCUCUCCAAGCUGGGCGGACCGGCGUAGGUGGCGCCACCGGUGACGGCCGCCUGGCGCCACGCUCCGGUGGCUGGCGGCGCGG